UCUCACGUAAGCACGUGACCCAGCCCUCUUAAUCAAUCCCCCAUCUCAAGAACAAGCAUCACAACUCUUAUACCCAACAAUUCCCUACCCCCAAGUUUCCAAUCCAACCCUCAGUCCCCAUCAUGUCCCCCUCCCUCCUCGAAACAAUAGCAAGCGUAGUAGUCCUCGGCGAGUCCGGUGUAGGAAAAACAUGCUUCACAGACAUGUUCCUAACCGGCAAACACUUCACGCGCUACGACCCCACGCUCCCCUUCUCCAACCACCGCACUCUCCCCCUCGGCACUCAGACCUGGGACAUCUACCCCACAGACCUGAGCUCCACCACGCUGCGUGAUCCCGCACAGUCCAACACGGAGUACUUCCAGCGCCUGCUCGCCGACGCAGACGGCAUCGUGUUACUCUACGAUGUGACGGAUUGGAAGAGCUUCGAGUGCGUGACUGAGCUUGCGUAUGAGGCUGUGCGGACGUGUCGGGGCGGACGCCCGUUUGCGUGCGUGCUGGUGGGGAAUAAGGUGGAUGUUUUGGAUAAGGGGGGGCGGAGGAGGGUUGGGAGGGAGACGGCGGAGGAGUGGGCUGGGGAGAGGGGGUGCGGGUUUGUGGAGGUUAGUUGUUUUGAUGGAGAGGCGGUGGUGGGGGCUUUGGGGAUGAUGGUGGGGAGGAUUAGGGAGGAGAGGGAGGGGGAGGGGAAGAAGAAACGCUCGCUGGGGGGUAAGUUGAGGGGUGUUUUUGGGUAG